AAUUCCGCCGUGAUCUUCUCCCUGCGCAACCAAGUCGGGGGCUUGGUCAGGGCUCUGAGAGUAUUCAAGGAAAAGAACGUCAACGUGCUGCACAUCGAGUCUCGCAAGUCUCGUGUCAACCCGAAGCAGUACGAGAUCUUCGUGGGCGUCGACUGCGACCAGGGCACCAUGAACGACGUGGUGCACGCGCUCCAACACGAGGUGGACUGCAUCCAGCUCAAGGAGUACUACUCCUCCAAGGCAGUCACACGUCCUCAGAUACGUUCCCGGCUUCAAAAAGCAGCAACUAUGAUUGCCAACUACUUGUUCAAACAAGAGUUCGCUGGCAUGCCAUGGUUUCCCCGUAAGAUUUCGGACCUGGACAAGACUUCCAACAAAGUUCUCAUGUACGGAGCGGAACUAGACGCUGACCAUCCGGGUUUCAAGGACCCGGAAUACCGACAGAGGCGCAUGUUCUUCGCGGAUGUUGCAACGCAAUACAAGUAUGGCUCGCCUAUACCCCGAGUGGAGUACACACUCGAAGAACGCACCACGUGGGGACGAGUGUUCCGAGAACUACGGCAACUCUACACCACGCACGCCUGCUCAGAGUUCUUGGAAAAUUUUCGACUACUAAUCAAAUACUGUGGCUACAGAGAGGAUAAUAUUCCACAGUUGGAGGAUAUCAGCCAGUUCCUGAAGUUUAGAACAGGAUUUCAGCUGAGACCAGUGGCAGGAUACCUAUCUGCCCGGGAUUUCUUAGCGGGCCUCGCAUUUCGCGUGUUUCACUGCACGCAAUACAUACGUCACGGCUCAGACCCAUUCUACACACCAGAGCCGGAUUGCUGCCACGAAAUUUUGGGUCACUGUCCGAUGCUGGCCGAUGCGAACUUCGCGCAAUUCUCACAGGAAAUCGGACUCGCCUCUCUGGGUGCUUCAGACGACGAGGUCGACAAGCUGGCAACGUGUUACUUCUUUACCGUGGAGUUCGGACUUUGCAAGCAAAACGGAGAAAUGAAAGUGUACGGAGCUGGUCUCCUUUCUUCAGCUGCAGAAUUACGUCACGCCCUUACGGACAAAGCAAACGUGCUCCCGUUUGACCCAGCCAUAACCAUAGAGACGGAGCCAAUUAUUACGGCUUUCCAGAAUGUCUAUUUCUACACGGACAGUUUCAAUGAAGCAAAGCUGCAGAUGAGGGAGUUCGCCAAAACCAUCAAGCGGCCCUUCGGCUUGCGCUACAACCCGUACACCCAGACCGUGGACGUCCUCACCAACACCCGCAAGAUCGCCAACAUCGUCAGUGAACUGAAGGGAGACCUCUGCAUCGUCACCAAUGCGCUGAGCAAACUGAAGGCGUCUGAAACGGAGGAUCCCAACCGCUAA